UACAUUGACGCUGAGGCCCAAGAGAAGAGACCAAGCAAAACAAAAGUCUCGUGUCCCCCAAAUUCUCAAACCCAUUCUUCAUCUUCAUCACCGCAAAAGCAAAACAAAGACAAUCCACGGCGAUGGCGUCGUUGACUCAGCGUCUCCUCCUCCUCCAGUUGGCAAUCCUCGCAGUCCUGACAAUCUCAGCCAGCGCCAGGCCCUGCAAGACGCUCGUCAUCUCCUCCUACUCCUUCUCCUUCAAGCAAAACCCUUCCGCAUCGGGUUUCGUCACCGUCGUCACGGAGAUCAGCCGCUUCAACCCUAGGCCAGUCCACGACCGGUCCUUCCCCUCCGAGAUCUUCCUAUUCCCGGCCCGACACGAGGCCCCGCGUGACCAAAUCGAGCCAUCGGGAUUGAAUAAGUACCUGCCCUCCUCCUCCUACGACUUCGACUUCAGCUCGCUCCGGGAGCGCACCAAGGACAUUCUGAGCGUGGUGGUGGCUCUGCUAUUAGGCGUCGGCUGUGGGGCUCUCACCGCCGCCACCAUGUACCUGGCCUGGUCCCUCUUCGCCAACCGCUUCUACGACAGCCGCUAUGGCUCUCCCUAUUCCGAUGAUGACGAAGACGACGACGAUGACGACGCCAACCCUAAGAAGAUGGGAUACGUGAAGAUUCCGGCCGCCGAUUCUGCGCCUGAACCGGUCAAGCAAGUGGUAUGAGAGUGGUACAUAAGUUAAUAAAAUUUGGGGUUGAUGAAGCCUAUGGGACUAGUUUGGAUUGUCAAGGUUUAUUAUUAAAAGAACAAGUGGUAACUUUUGUUGUCUGUAUUUGUCAGUUUACAUCUUAAAAUUAUCUUAAAAUUGUCCUAUAUAUGAUCUAUAUUCUAAUA